UCCACGUCCGUUCGUUCGUUGGGUUCGUUCGUUCGGUCUCGCCCGCUUCCGCGCCGCUCGCGCACAAGUCGAUGUAAGGUCGGCGUGUCGUGCCGCGAAGGGAGUGUCGCCGGCCAUCUCGACGCCCUCUCGAACCGCUUGGACUCGCGACGAUUCCGACCGAUUCUCGUCGGCCCACCAUGCUUCGUUCUAUGUUCCUCUUGACGGCUGUGGUCGAGCGCCGGUUGCAUUCGCGAGAUUGCGACGCUGUUCCCUGAUCGGGUGUUCUCGAAGAGUUGCUCGGACGAGACAUCGUUUGGGUUUCGAUGGUAGGAUCGUCGAACGAUACCAAAGUGUAGUUGGUUUUUUGGCUACGAGAACUCGAACUAGCGGAGUCGUAUGUAAGGAGUGACUCGAGGAAAUUAGGAUCGCGAGUGAAAGAAUCCGCGGCUCGUUGAGAAGGUAACACACGGCCACACGGGGUGUUGCGCGGUCGAAGAACGAUCGGACAGCUUCGAUCUUGGAAGAAUAGACAGACGUAUCCCGAUUCGGCAUGACGAGACGCACCAGGGGACGGUAGUUCCUGGUUGAUAGGGAUGUCCUCGUGACAUGUUACCCCGUGACCUUGGCUGUCGCGACUACAACGCUGUCCUCCGUGGAGAGGCACGCCUCCUGGCGCACGGAUCGAGCGAGGAUAACGGUCGAUCGGUGUCGUUUCAUCCACGUGGAGUCGAGUACCGCCUGCUGCCCGUGGUACAGGUGAAACCUGAUUACGCGGUCCCGUAUGUUCUCUGCUGGAGGGUACCCAGCACGACGAUCCACAGGAUCCAGGUCCCGCUACAGCAUCAUCAUCAGCAUCACCGACAACAUCGUUAUCAGCGUCGCCAUCGACAGCGUCGUCGCCGACACUUUCAAGCAACGGCUACGCCUCGAAGACAUCCUGUCCCGUUCUUCGCGGCGUCCAGCUAUCCUUUUCCAUACGCUUGUAGUAGCUCGCAGCGAGGCGAUCUUCCUACGGUAUCUGGUAUGGAAACAAGGUACAAAGCGAAUCGUUGCGUGAGCGGGGGCGGUGGCCGCGCAAACAGUGCGACUGGCGGUACCGGAGGCGGUCUAGGUAACGGAGGCAGCGGCCGCGGGGGCGGCGGGGGCGGUAGCCCCGGUAGGGGCGGCGGCGGAGGCGGAGGAGGCGGCGGCGGAGGAGGCGGAGGAGGCGGAGGAGGCGUUGGAGGAGGCGGAGGUCGCGGCGGAGGAAUAGACGGUGGCGCGGUACCUGCUACGCCACCGACCAUCAGCCGUUACCACCACCGCUACCAUCAUCAUCACCAUCAUCAUCGUAAUCACGACCACGUCACCACGACCACCACGGCGGACGCCACUACCAUCACUGGCGUCGCCUGGCACCUCAGGCACAAACUACCCCUUGGAAAACAGUGCCUCGAACAUCGUCUUCAGCACCGGCAUCACCAUCGGUCCCCCUAUCGGGCCGUAAACAUGGGCCAAAAGAUUUCAGGCGGUGUGAAAAGCGUGACACGUGAGGCUGCAGCUGGAUCUGUUGGUGGAGUUGGCGUCGGCGGUGGCGGCGUCGUAGCGUACAAACCCGUGGUACCAAGAGAGCUGGCGCAACACUUUGCGAGGCCACCGCGGCUCGAUGUCCUGCUCGACAUGCCACCCGCUUCGCGGGAGACGCAGAUUCAUCAUAGCUGGAACGCCAACGACCGUAGCCUCAACAUAUUCGUCAAGGACGAUGACAAAUUAACGUUUCACCGACAUCCAGUGGCUCAAAGCACAGAUUGCAUAAGGGGGAGGGUAGGAUACACGAAAGGUAUGCAUGUCUGGGAACUGUUCUGGAGCACGAGGCAAAGAGGCACGCACGCCGUAGUGGGCGUCGCGACAGCAGAGGCACCUCUUCACAGCGUCGGAUACCAGAGCCUGGUUGGCAAUAACGAACAAAGUUGGGGUUGGGAUCUCGGUAGAAACAAGCUUUUGCACGACUCGAAGAACAAUGCCGGUGUCACGUACCCGGCUCUACUUAAACCCGAUGAAACGUUCAUUGUUCCUGACAAAUUCCUCGUGGUCUUGGACAUGGACGAAGGUACGUUAGCUUUCGUUGUGGAUGGUCAAUACCUUGGAAUCGCAUUCAAAGGCCUUAAAGGCAAAAAGCUGCAUCCUAUUGUAUCCGCUGUAUGGGGACACUGUGAGAUUACGAUGAAGUACAUCGGUGGACUUGAUCCUGAACCAUUGCCUUUGAUGGAUCUUUGUCGAAGAGUGAUUCGAAAACGAAUCGGCAAGGAUAAGAUAGACGAGAAAGUGAAUGCGCUGAGCUUGCCGUUAGCGGUGAAGACUUAUCUCCUGUAUCGUGACAGGAGGUAACUACCGAGUGCUAGCUCCGAAACCACUACCACCACGAUUACGACUGUGAACACCACCGCCCUAUUGAAUCAUUGCCACCACGACGCACAGGGGAACGCCCGCUACCCCGUCGCAAGCCACCGAACGCACCAGCCCAUAAGCCGCUUGUACGAUCCAUGGUGUUUGUAUCCAUGUAAGGAUAAGUCGAGACGAGCACGAUCAACGUGGUCGCGUACGUCGUCGUCGUCGUCGUCGUCGUCGUCGUCGUCAUCGUUGUCGUCUUCGUCUACGUCUACGUCUACGUCUACGUCUACGUCUACGUCAUCCUCAUCAUCAUCGUUGGCAUGAUAUUUGUCACCAUUAUCAUAUGUUCAUCAUUGUCGUUGUCAUAGUCGUUGUUAAUCUGAUCGUUAUCGUCGUUGUCGUUCCCGCAUACAAUCGGACGAAGCUACAUGAAAAAAAAAAAAAAGAAAAAUCGGACGCGCAGACGGGACACAUACGCGAACCGUAUCAGGUCUAGCGAAUUAUUUAGAUAAUAUUGUUGUCUUGUGUUAACGUCGAUAUGAUUAAAAUCGUGAAGGAGUCUUUAUUAAUUGUUAAUAAUGAAAAAGUGACGUACGAUGCAGUUGAAUAGCUUUCCGAGCACAUCGCUCGACGCUGUUAUUUUUUCACUUUAUUUUCUUUUUCUUUUCUUUUUUUUUGUAGUUCUUUAAGUUGUCGCGUUACUAGAACGUUCUGCGUCUGACGAAGAAGAUGCAAGGUGAGAAAUCGAGGACCUGAGUGUGAGGAUGAGAAUACAUACACGUGCGGCUCGGUCAAGUGGAAAAAUCAAUAGAAAAAAAUGAGCACAAGGAAAAUAGUUCUUCACACAGUUGGCCAGUAAAACGUUUAGUCGAGUCUAAAGGCUGAUACGGAUAACGUUUCGGUUAUUAGUCAACAAUGGGUAGCGGGCUUGUUCUAGUCCGGGCACACUGCGCUAAUAGAAAACGAGAAGACAGUGGGAUAGAAACAUACAUUUGCUUCACAACUUGAGCGAAGAAAAAAUCGACGAAACUUCAAGUAGAUGUCACUAUGCGGACAGUUGUUGCUCACACGGCUAUAGAAAAAGAAAAUGUGUGUAUAGUGACGAAGAUGCCAGUCGAUUGAACAGCCACCUUCCAAUAGACUCAUUUUUCAAAUAUUUUCUAAGCAUGCUAAGUCUAAUAAAAUAUAGUGGUGUACAUGGUUCGUGGAUGGACACGAGAAAAACAAAAGAGAAUUUUAAGAAAUAUAUAUAUAUAUAUAUGCAUAUAUAUAUAUAUAUAUAUAUAUAUAUAUAUAUAUAUAUAUAUAUAUAUAUAUAUGUAUGUAUAUAUAUAUAUAUGCGAUUUAAUGAGUAACACGCCUCUGAUUGUUCUGUGUAUUUCAUCUUAUUUUGUUGUUCGUUUAGUUAGAAAAAGCCCUUAAAGAAAGCAUACGUAUCACAGUUAGAAAUUAUCACUAAAUGACGUUUGAGCAGAACUCUACGAACAAAGGAGCCAUAAAAAUUUAUAGCGUUAUACGAACAUCGAUCAUUUGAAGAUGUUUUAACGAAACUGGAUGAAGAGAAAAGCGAUAGACAGCAGUAACUUACCGCGAUUAAGUUAAUCGAAGUAAAAAAAAAACGCAAGAAGAGAACGAAGAAGAUUAGGUGUACGUAGUUAAACGUUUAGGGCGAGCGAACGAACACGGUCAUAUUACGGCUGAGUAUAUUCCAAACACGAAUUAAAACUGACUGGGAGAGUGAAAAAGAGAGAAAAAGAACUGCUGCGGCACUAGUGUGUGAAUGUUAUGUUUAUGAUACAAUGCAAAUCAUGCCGACGAUCCUGAAAAUAUAAUCACGAUGACGAUGACGGCCAUGAAUGAAUUGCGAUGAUAGUAAAAAAUUCUAUCGGGCGUGUUGCUACCUAUACUAUUAGCAUGACAAAUUAUGACUGGUCCCUAGUAACUCUAAUCUUACGUUUAAUCUUACGUUUGUCGCUUAAGUUUAAUCAUAAUGUGCCGUUUAUCGGCAAUGUCGAUUUGUACAUAGGAUAUAAUUAUAAUAAUGAUAACAAUAAUAAUAAUAAUAUCUAUCGGUACGACAAUGAAUGUAUUGUGGGUAGUGAUUGUAUCAAAGACCGUAAGGACGAACCGAAUGCGAGAAAAGAAAAGAAAAGAAAAAAAAGGAAAGAUAAGAAAAUAUAAGCAGGAUCCUCUCGUAUGAAAAAAAAGAAAACGCAAAGGCAAAACUGUCGAUGAAAACACUUUUCUCCUUUUGAUCACGAAGAUACCAUUUUCUUCUGUUUAUUUCAUUUCCUUAUAUUUCUUUUAAAUUCUUUAGAUUUCUUUACAUUUUCUUUAUACUUUCCACAAACGAAAUAAGAUUUCUUGCUGAUACCACGCAUUGUUGUUCAUUCCCGUCGAAAGCGAAUUCCUUCGUGGAACUCGUCCUACAAGAACGCGUCUUCCAGAUUGUCUGGCCGGACAUACAGUUACACCUUUCAGAAGAAAAGGACUGCCAUUCUUUUUCUUCUAACGAGUGAAAACUUUUAUACCAUAGACCAUGGCCACAUUUGUUUAACGACCCACCGAGUUCAUCGAUAUAUCGCCAACUGAAGGUUUCAAUGACACGCACGAUCUCGCAAUCGGCAGCCACUGCGUCGUGAUCUUGCGGUCCUCAAUACGCACACCCAAACCACUGUCUGUUAGAGCAACGUUCAUCCUUACUAUCUUCGCUCGAUUUUCCGCUCGGUCGAGAUCACUCGUCGAGCUACGGAAAACGCAUCAAGAAAAAUGAAAAAAAAAAUUUAAAAGAUUCGUGACGAAGGAAGAAAAGGAAAGAAAAGCGAAUGCUCGUCACGAACAUUCGAAAUUAUAGCUAGUGCAAGAUCGCACACCGUGUGUGUCGCGUGUUUUACGAUCGCGCAGCGGUAGAAGAAUUUACCAAGAUCAUAGUGACUUGACGUCUUUGUCGUGAACGAGAAAACCUGCGCCUCGUUUGUAAGAAUAAGGGGAUGAAAAAAAAUAAAUAACAGGACAGUUGUCUCGAGUACGGCGUGGCCGGAAAUACACACCGUUCGUCGAAAACUUCUGCCACGUUUGUAAGAAUAAAAGAGAUGAAAGAAAAUAGAUAAGAGGACGGUUCUCUGGAGCGCGGCGUGGCCGGAAAUACACACCGCUCGUCGAAAACCUCAACCUCGUUUGUAAGAAUAAAAGAGAUGAAAGAAAAUAGAUAAGAAGAUGGUUCUCUCGAGCACGGCGUGGACGUCGUGCGUGUUGUCUCAUAUGCGUGAAACAAAUGUCUCCGGAUGGAAGUAAACAGAGCACACAAAUAGCGAGCAAAACAAAUGAAAUUGUAUAAGGUAAACCACAUAUAGAAGAGAAGAGUCAAAAAAGGAGUCGUCGACAACGCAAAGAGAGAGAGAGAGAGAGAGAGAGAGAGAGAGAGGAAAAGGAAAGAUUCACACACGCGCAGAGAAAAUAUUUUCUUUUUUCCCAGGAGUAAUACUCUCCUCUGACUUCGUGUUGUACCUAUUCUUUACCAACUAUUUUCUAUAUAAACCAACGGAUGAUUUCGUUUUCUCUUUAUGCGCGUGUCACGCUCCAAGCUAGAGACAGGUCAAAAAAGAAGGUAAUAGCGUUUAGCAAGAAUGUUGUAUAUAUUAUUGAUUAAUGAUUAAUAUUAAUAUUAUUAUUGUAUCGGCUCGAUAGUUUAAUUGAUUAAUCAAUUAUAUCGUGGUAGUCGGCAUAAUUGUGGAUUCAGUUUUUGUACGGUAGGAGAAACGAUCUACUUAAUGCGAUCGAUCGAUCGACAAGCAUUAGAUUGAAAAACGGGUAGGUAAGUUCUCUUCGGCACGUCGCUUUACGCUUACGAUUUACUACUCAUUUUUAGUUUCUUUUCUUUUUUUUUUUUUUUUUCGUAUUUCGCGUUCGAGCGACGAUGCUUUCGGGAUAAAUCACAGAGACUUCCUAUUAUUUAAAUCGCAUCGUAGAUUUAACGAAAGAUUAUGAAUUAUACCGAAUAAAGCAAAAUAAAAAGCGAAGAAACGUGUUUUUAUACCGGUGCGUGUUCUUGUUUUAUUGCAACGCGUUUUCUUCUUGUUUUUUUUUUACUUAUUUCUUUUAUCGAUAAGCGUAUUUUACAUUAAUUUCUUUUUUCUACGUUCUAAAUUUUAGUAGUCUUCGUAUUUCGACAUUCUUGUCCUUAUGCAUGGUUAUGCAUAUUAGACGAUACCCUCCGCCAGGUUGAUUCAAUUUUCUCUUUUUACUUAAUUAAUACAGUUCGUUUUAAAAUGAAACUGCAUUGGUCGAAAUUAUUUUAUCUAUAUGCGCUUCGACAUAAGGAUUGAUCGAUCGAUCCAAUGACCCAAUGGAAUAAUUUUCCUUUUUAGUAUGCGUUAAACUGUACCCGUUCAAUUCACAAAUAGGACUUCCGUUGAUGUUUUAUCAACUCAGAUGAUCGAAUUCAAGAACGAACAAAAUAAUUAUCAAUAAUUUGCACGAAAAACUGAUAGCUCGAUCGAUCGAUCGUCCAAUAGAAUAUCUUCACGAUCGAUAAUGGAAACGCGGUAACGUUCUAUUCAUUUCCGCUGUCGUAGCGGAGGAUGUUUGAGAACUACGAGACAGAGGAAAAUACAAAAAAAAAAAAAUACGAAAAGCGUGGGUGUUUCGAAAUAUUUUUCGUCAACUGCCUGCUGCCUGCCUGUGCAAACUACGUUGCCUCGACAAAUAUGUCUAAUUUAUUGACGAUACGAUAAUUAGCAGGACAUUUAAGCUGCGUGCGUGUAAGUGAUAGCCGACAAAAUAAGAUGCUGUGUAUGUGUGUAUGUACGCGUGUGCGUGUACUUUCGGCCGAGAAUGAGUGUGAAAGAAGCGAGUAAACUGAAGGGUGUGUGAGUGUGAAUGAAUGAAAGAAAGCCGGAACAAGGAAUGAGCGCGCAUCUGGCACCGGAUGGUCUUCGACGGAAUAUUCGUUCCUUUCCCCUUCUAUCUGUACGUUGGCGAAAAAAAAAAACAAUUUUAAUGGCCAAUCAAAAAAUUUAUCCGAGUCUCAUAAAUAUCGAAAUAAACACGACUAAAACGAAGUUGGUUGCGUGGAAAAGGCGAAAGAACGCGAUACGUACGAAGACCACUUCCGGCCCGAUUUACAAGCCUGUUUCACAUAAUGUUCUUUUCUCAUGUGUUCUUUUUUUUUCCUUUGAAGCCUGAACUAUUGCAACGAGCGAUCUCACGUCUAUUUAAGCAUAAGUUUACGAGUUUAACAUGGUAUUGCUGUAUAGUGGCGAGUGAACGCGAAGAAUUUAUAAAUAUGUAAUGCCUUAAUGUUAUAUAACGAUAAUAAUGGAAUACCGUUACUGUAUAAUUAGUGACGCGCAAGGACUGGGGAAAACAAUGAUCGUGACAGUUAGAUAGAUCGAAAGGGUGGGUGGUAAGAAAAAAAAAUGACGAACGAACGAGCAAACAUAAAGAAAGAAUAUGUGUAACAGACAAAAUAACAAAAAGGAGUGUAGUACGUGCGGCCGUUUGUCUCCAUUCUGUUCGUGAUUUGAUAUUUUUUUAUAAUUCCGACGACGAGGGCGAACGAUAUUAGAGAGAAAGAGAGAGGGAGUGAGUAUAAAUGGAGCGUGUAUAGAGAACGGACUGCUAUCUAAAAUAGUUCAGGCUAGAUGUCGAUGUUUGUAGCAGAUAAAGAACAAAAAAAACACAACACAGCAUAUUGUAAUUAAAAUUAAAAGUCAUUAAUA